AUGUCCCGCCAGGUGAUCCAGGUCCAGCCGGAGAGCUGGGUUCAGUCUGAGGGUCAGUGGAGCACAGGCCUGUGUGAAUGCUAUAAAGAUGUGGGAGACUGUUGCUUUGCCCUGUGCUGUCUCCCAGUGUUCACCUGUAAGGUGACCAGUGCUGUGGGCGCGUGUCCCUGUCUACCUCUGUUAGACUGUAUCGGCUGUGUACCUCCGGCCUCGCUCGCCAUGAGGGCGUCUGUAAGGGAGCGCUACGGCAUAAAGGGGAGUGUGUGGAGCGACUGCCUGUACGGAUGCUGCUGCUAUCCUUUAUCUUGGCUCCAGAUCUCCAGAGAGCUGAAGAGAAGGGCAGCAUCCCACGCCUCCUCCUCGUCCACAGCCAGAUACACGGCUCUGACCUCCCUGCAGGGGGCGCACUUGGUCUAGAUACACUCAGCUCUUGUUUUCAGCUGGACUGAGCUGUGGCUUUCCCUCCAGAGGACUGGGUUUGAUUUAAUCACACUUCCUCCAGCCUGCAGACUCUCCCCCGUUACCUCGGAGAAUAAAGCAGGAGCACAGAGGAGCAGCGUGACCCAAGAUAAAGAGA